AUGGCCGACAAACUGUUGAAAGAUUACGCGACAUCAUAUGCACAAGGGGUUCGGUCCAGUAUCACCCGACCGCCCAUUGAAGCCAACAACUUCGAAAUCACGCCUGCAGUAAUCCACAUGGUCCAGGAAAAUCAAUUCGGAGGAGGACCGCAUGAGGACCCAAAUCACCACCUAGAGCUGUUCUACGAGAUCUGUGGCACUAUGAAGGUAAAUGGAGUCCCCCCAGAUUCAGUUAGAGUACUUCUCUUCAGGUUUUCCCUGAAAGAUAGAGCCAAGCAGUGGCUGAACUCCCUUCCAGCGAACAACAUAUCAUCCUGGGAGCAGUGGAAUCCAAUUAAAGCGUCAGGGAAAUUCGACGUGGAUGUAGUCAUACUCAUGUUAGCAAAGCUGGACGCUCUGGCCAAGAAAUUUGACGCCAUGGGAGGCAACACAACUAAUGCAAUAGCAUGUGUCUGUGACACUUGUGGAAGUACGAAUCAUGCUCAAGACACUUGCCCCUUUGGUCCGAUUCAGGCACAGAUGAACCAACUUGAGAAAUGUGACGCAAUAGCCAACUACAAUCAGAGGCAAAAUAAUCCGUACUCCAACACAUAUAACCCUGGAUGGAGGAACCACCCCAAUUUCUCAUAUCGAAAUAAGCAGGACCAAGGACCAACACAUCAAAGUCAUCAGCCUGGGCAACAGGGGUACCAAUCUAGACAACAGACUUAUCAACAGCAGCAACCUUCACAACUGUCCAGAAUUGAAAAGAUGCUUGAGGAAGCGCUCUUAGAACAGAAGGAGAUGAAGAAUGAGAUCAAGAAACUGACCUAG